AAAAAAGACCAACAGGAAGUGCUGGGAUUGGUAGCCAGAAAAAAAAGGCUGUUUUUAGAGAGAGGAAACUAAAGACAUUAAAAAGCCACGACGAGACCGUGAACAGUUCUGUUAUAAUCAAAACCAUGAACAAAGAGCAAAAGAAACUUCUAAAUGAAAGAAUCGACUGAUGUGAAAAGACCACAGGAGAGACAUUAAGAGGAAAAACUGAAUAUGUGAAAGGACCAAUUUAAUGAAUUCCAUCCCAGCAGCAACUACGUCUCACCUGAAGUCUUGUACAGGAAAAUUUAUACCCCUAUUAGAAAAUACAGCAUCAUGAUAUUUUGUACAAAUAAAAUGUUACAAAAUCAUUUUUGGCUCCUUUCUGUGGCUGUAGUCAUCUAUGCAAAUGAUGACAUUUAUUGGAACUGUAUAUGCCUCAACCACUACUGUGAGCAGGAUAUUUGCACUGGAAAAAAAUGCUUUGUAACUGAGACUCUAGAAUCUGGAAAAAGUACCAUAUUUCGUGGCUGCUACAAUACUAGUAUACAGGAACGGUGCACUUCCGACAUGGAAAACCUGCGCGUUAAGUGCUGCAACAAUCAUCUAUGUAAUGAGGAUAUUAGCCUUUUUCCACCUGAUAUUGAAGUCUCAGGGUCCAAUAUUAUCUUAAUGACCGUCCUCCCCUCACUCUUGGUGCUCGCACUAAUGUUCCUGUUUGCGUUCUUGUACUGGAAACUGAGACACCGUAGCAGGAAAAGAUCGUUGGCCAGACUCAAUGAUUUUAGUGAUGCUGGAUUUCUAAAAGCAUCAACUGUUGGUGACAGCACAUUAGGGGACUUACUAGAUGAAUAUGAAUAUUGCACAACUGGCAGUGGUUCAGGUCUUCCUUUCCUUGUACAGAGAACUGUGGCAAGACAAAUUACUCUUGUUGAAUGUGUAGGUAAAGGGCGAUAUGGAGAGGUGUGGAGGGGUACAUGGCAGGGGGAAAAUGUAGCUGUCAAAAUAUUUUCUUCCCGAGAUGAACAGUCCUGGUUUAGAGAGACGGAGAUCUACAACACAGUGUUGUUGAGACACGAGAACAUUUUAGGGUUUAUUGCCUCAGAUAUGACAUCUAGAAAUUCCAGCACUCAGUUAUGGCUGAUCACUCAUUACCAUGACAAUGGGUCACUGUAUGACUAUCUGCAAAGGACUACAUUAGAUUCUAUCAGUUGUUUGGAGCUGGCAGUUUCCAUCAUUUUUGGCUUAGUGCAUCUCCAUGUGGAGAUAUUUGGAACCCAGGGAAAACCUGCAAUAGCACACAGAGACCUUAAGAGUAGAAAUAUCCUGGUGAAAUCAAAUAAGCAAUGCUGCAUUGCUGAUCUAGGUCUGGCUGUGAUGCAUUCUCAGAAUGGUGAUUACCUGGAUAUUGGUAACAAUCCAAGAGUUGGCACAAAACGCUAUAUGGCUCCUGAGGUCCUUGAUGAAACCAUACGAACAGACUCAUUUGAAUCUUACAAACAAACGGAUCUGUGGGCCUAUGGAUUGGUGUUAUGGGAGGUCUGCAGGAGAACAGUAAUUAAUGGUAUGGUGGAGGAUUACAAGCCUCCUUUUUAUGAUGUUGUUCCACAUGACCCAAGCUUUGAGGAUAUGAAAAAAGUUCUCUGCAUUGACCAACAGAGACCAAACAUUCCCAAUAAUUGGAGUUCAGACACUGUUUUAUCAGCUUUAACAAAGAUCAUGAGGGAGUGCUGGUUCCAGAACCCAUCUGCCAGGCUUACUGCCCUGAGGAUCAAAAAGACACUAAACAAGUUAAAAAAUUCAAUGGAUCAUACCAAGCAAGAAUGCUGAAGAUUAAGAGAUUCAAUGAUAGCUAUACAUUUCAAUCCAGUUUUUUUAAAGUACAAAAUUAAUGUUUUUAUAAUAUUUUCAAGAGCUGAAGAAAUGAUAAUACUACAUUUAAAAUAUUUUCUUCACAAUAUUCCACCUUGGAAAGCAUCACGAUUGCCUUUUGUUCCAUAUUGUUAAAGCUUUACAGAAAAACCCAAGGGACUGUGCAGUUUACCUACUGAAGGGCUGAGACAAAUAUGUUUACAGUAUUUGCAGCAAAUUCCCAGACGUGAUAUCCAGAUGAUCCUGAACUAUAAAACCUAUACAUGUAUUGUAAGCAAACAAAUGCAGAACUAGAUAGUGACUACGAUUUUAUGCAAUCCCAGCAUAUAGAUACAUAAUUAGCAAAUAUUCUACUUAUCCUGGAAAAUUUGCAAACAUCAUUUAACAAAAACAUUCACAGCUGGACUUCAUUGUUAAGUGAAUACAUCCUGGCCUUAAAUAACAGAGGAAGUUGUCAAUCUAAGUCUGGACUUUUUGCUUGAAUUGUGAGUAUAAAAUCAUAACUAAAAUAUAAAGAAACAACCUGAAAACAGCUGCCCCCUGCUGCCAGGUGCAAUAAAAGAUGUGUGAUUUUGUAAAAUAUUACAAGGAGACAAAGCAACACUGUAUUUUCUUCCACAUUUAAAAGGACUGUUUCCUAUUCCUAAUUGAUGGUGUAACAUUAAGGUCAGAUUUUAGAAUAUUUCUGCAUACUUUGUGUAAGGCUAAAACGUGAGACUUUGGUGGUCUUAGAUAUAUAUGAUGUAUUCAGAGAUGUUUUCAGUUUUAAAAGUUUUGAAAUGCUUCCUGAAAAUUCAAUGAGUUGGGACCAAUCACAGGGCUGAUACAAACGUUCAAGAAAGCACCUUACAGAAGACGUUUAAUGAGAGUAGGUUAAAUCAAAGGGAUAGUAAAUUCCAAAAUAAGCUUUAAUUAUUCAGAUAGGGCAUGUCAUUUUAAACAACUUUCUAAUUUACUUUUAUCAUCAAAUUUGCUUUGUUUUCUUGGUAUUCUUAGUUGAAAGCUAAACCUAGGUAGGCUCAUAUGCUAAUUUCUAUGCCCUUGAAGGCCGCCUCUUAUUUGAAUGCUUUUGACAGUUUUUCACAGCUAAAGGGCGUUAUUUCAUGUGUUUCAUAUAAAUAACGUGCUCAUGCAUGUGGAGUUAUUUAAGAGUCAGCACUAAUUGCCUGAAAUGCAAGUCUGUCAAAAAAUCUGAGAUAAAGAGGCAGUCUGCUGACGCUUAGCUACAAUAGAGGUAAAAAGUAUAUUUCUAUAACAGUGUUGGUUAUGCAAAACUGGGGAAUGGUAAAUAAAGGGAUUAUCUGUCUUUUUAAACAAUAACAUUUUUGAUGUUUACUAUCCCUUUAAUAUAAGUAUUGGCAUACAGUAUAUUCAAUAUUUGUUUUUACUCAUGACAGAACAUUUCUGUUAUUUUGCUUUUUUUUCUUCUAAGGCAUGAUAAGAGUAAACAAAAUUGUAGAGAUUUUGCUCACUGUUAAGAAUCCUCUCUUUUUAUGAAAGUUUUAGCUGUUAACUUUUCUAAUUCUUCAGCUUUCAUCACUAUAUAAAAUCAUCCUCUAUCUCCUAAAAUUUCCACCCAGUUUGUCCAUAGGUGCAUUAGUUACCCCAUGCCUUGGGGACAUCUAUCUGUCUAUCUAAUCUAUCUCUGCCUGCGUGCCUGUCUCUCUUUAAGAAAAAGCAUUUGACAAAUAUCUUCUUUUCCUUAUGCUAGAUAGAUCACCUAUAUAUCAUUUUAUUGUAAAUAUUCUAAAAAGGAUUUUUCAGAAUUUGCCGAAUUUGUAAACCUCUUAAAAACAUAGGCACAGACAAUUACUUUUUAGUGUCCAAAAUCUCAGCCAAGUGCAUCUUGUAAUAGCUCCUUUUGUGGUAUCAAUAGUAUAUAAAGGGCAUUCUUGUGGAAAUGUAUAUCAGUGCUUUCAGUCUCUGUUAGAAGCAUUUGUUGCAUGUAGCUAAAUGCUUCUAGUAAAGGUUCCUAUUUGUUUAGUAAUAGCAUUUACAGUGCAAAAGUGCUGUGGUGCAUAGUCCCUUUAGGUUACAUAGACACAAAUUCACAACUUACAGUUACUGACUGUAUCAGAUCACUGCCAAUAACAAUGCUUUUAAUUCACAGCAAUGUCCCUUUAAAGUUGUACACGUAAACGUGAACUAACUUAUACAUGAUUUAAAAUCAUAUUUUUGUAAUUAAAACUUUUCAUCAUAUUUAGAGUUGUAAGCAAAAUAGAAGAUGGCUUUCUCGGAGCCAUACAAGUCUAAGUAAUAAAUGUACAAUUAAUUCCAUUUCCAAGAAAGCACAAUUGGAUUUUCAUACCCAAAACAGAUAUAUAAACACAUAUGCCCCUGGGCACAGUGUAAAAUGGAUAGGUAAAUAAAUUACAGGUUAUGAUUUUUACAUCUGACCUUCCAUUAGAGUAAUUUUGUCUUGGAAAAAAAAAUAGAUCAUUGUUAUUGUUAAUUUGACUUCUUUUCAAUCACAUGAUUUUUUGGCUGUAAGUAGCUAAAACUUAAACAAGCAUUAGACUGCAUGCUAGAGUAACUUAGUGCUUUAUUCUUGCUUGUCUUUUCUUAUCUUGAGUGCAUGGUCUAUGUACCACUUUCUGACGUCUGAAAAAGACUGACAGCUCAUUGUGAGACUUGGUUUUACGAAUUCUUUUAUCUUUUGGGAAUGUUAAAGAGAAGUGAAUUGCUGACUAAUCUCCUCCCUGGUUACACCACUCAAUCCAUUCACUAAACCACUGAAGUUGCUAAUUAUUGGCAAGAGGUAAAGAAAAUUCUGUAAUGCUCAACCUCACUUCAAGCCCAGAGUUCAGACUGCAGAAGGUGGAGCACACAAUUAGACAUAAACAGCUUUUACAUAUUUGUAAUAAAACUACACAUAUGCAUUUUAUGUUAAUUUAAAGGGAUAUUAAAUACCUUGGCUCUGAUUAUCUAAAGCUCCCUGGUCUAGCAAGAUUAGAUAAAAAGUCUCAUCAGUACUAUAGGGGCCCUUAGAACGGCAAAUUUUAGCUUGAGAGAUGUUUAACUUGCUUGGCAAGGUUCUGGAUAUGAAGAAGAUACACUUAUACCUUACAAUAUAAUCUUUCCAAAAUCCCUCAAAAAUGUUUCAUGAUUUCUCUUCAUGUUGGAAAGUUCUUGAUCUAAAUAGAAAUAAUGAUGUCUGGCGACAUGAUGCGCUGUAGCGAUCAUGUCCGCCAGACAUCAAUAAAUGCUGACAGCAUAUGCUGUCGGCAUUUAUAAUUGCACAAGCAGUUCCGAUGUAGGCACUUUAACCCUGUCACGAAAGGGUUAAACAAAAUCCAUUUUUCCACUAUACCCUUAACCCCUGCAAAGGUCUCUCUCUAUUAUAUACAUACACACAAACACACACACACCUUUAUAUACCAUGUAUGAAUACACAAUAUGGAUAUAUUGCAUUAUCUUUUUAAAGCCACUCUAGAGUUUGUAUUAAAACAUAACAAAGUUGAGUUAAUCUUUCUAAUCUUCAACUUUAAGAUUAAAGAGUUUUCAGUUAAGGAUAAAGUAUAUACCGUAUAUUUCUAGCUCCAAUUUUAAUUCCUUAUGUUACCGUAAAUAAACCAUGUGAUUACAGAAAAUAUAUAUUUAUUCAGAUAGUAAUUUAUUUCUUUUUUUUGUUUGUUGCAUAAAUACAUGUAUAUUUCCACUCAAAACAGUUUGUGUCAAAUCAUGAUAUGAAUAACACACUUCAGUUUUAAGUCUAUUAAAAUAAAAAUGGAACAAUGAACUGAGUUUUUUUCUGACAAAUAAAUAUUAGUAUUUAAAUAUUUUUUUUUUUGUUCCAAAUAACUGACCUGCAUAUUUAUAUCUAUUUUGUAAAUAAGCAAGCUAUAACUGAAUAAUGUAUGUAUUGUAUUAUUUGCUUAAAUUAUUUAAAGUAAAUCUUCUGUAAUGAGAUCAUAUAUGUUCAUUUUGCACCAAAUGUAUCUGCACAUUUUAUUUCUGUGUUGUGUUUUUAUAAAAUGCUAAAUAACCUUUAUUGUGAUUAAAUAUACGUAACAUAAAACCCAAAAUUUGUUGUGUUUGACUUUGCAGAUGUUUAAACCCACACACGUAUACAAACAGACAUGACUAAGGUCCCAAUAAAGGGCUUGAAACGUUGUCCUUUUUCCCAUGAUGUGGAAGCAAUAAAGAAGUUUUAUUAUUGUUUUUGACAA